AAGCCGCGGUGGCGGCGGCGGCGGCAGCAGCUGCUCCCUCCGCAUGUUCUCGCUGCAUCCUCCGAGUGGGGGGAGUUAUGAAUACCACUUGGGUCGAUCAAGGAGGAAGAGUGUCCCAGGGGGGAAGCAGUACAGCAUGGAGGGCGCCCCCGCUGCGCCCUUCCGGCCCUCGCAAGGCUUCCUGAGCCGACGGCUAAAAAGCUCCAUCAAACGAACGAAGUCACAACCCAAACUUGACCGGACCAGCAGCUUUCGCCAGAUCCUGCCUCGCUUCCGAAGUGCUGACCAUGACCGGGCCCGGCUGAUGCAAAGCUUUAAGGAGUCGCACUCUCAUGAGUCCUUGCUGAGUCCUAGCAGUGCAGCUGAGGCAUUGGAGCUCAACUUGGAUGAAGAUUCCAUUAUCAAGCCAGUGCACAGCUCCAUCCUGGGCCAGGAGUUCUGUUUUGAGGUACUGGGUCUAGUAGGCUGGGGAGGGCCAAAGGAAAGGGGCAAUGGAAG